AUGGCCCUUCUGCUUCGGGCCGCGACCCAGCGGCUGUGUCUCUGGAGGGGCUACUGCACCAGGGGGACGCAGAGUGCGCUCAGUGAGGACUUUGUGGCGGCCCUGAAGGCAGUGGUGGGUCCGCCCUACGUGUCCACAGCCGCGGCGGUGCGAGAACAGCAUGGGCAGGACGAAUCCGUACACAGGUGUCAGCCCCCGGACGCCGUGGUCUGGCCCCAGAACGUGGACCAGGUCAGCCGGCUGACUGUCCUGUGCUACAGCCAAGGAGUGCCCAUCAUCCCCUUCGGCACCGGGUCGGGCCUUGAGGGCGGGGUCUGCGCUGUGCAGGGCGGCGUCUGCAUUAACCUGACCCACAUGGACCGCAUCGUGGAGCUGAAUCCCGAAGACUUCUCGGUGGUGGUGGAGCCAGGUGUCACCCGCAAAGCUCUCAACACCUACCUGCGGGACAGUGGCCUCUGGUUUCCUGUGGACCCAGGCGCAGAUGCCUCUCUCUGUGGCAUGGCGGCCACUGCGGCCUCGGGGACCAACGCCGUGCGCUAUGGCACCAUGCGGGACAACGUCCUGAACCUGCAGGUGGUGCUGCCUAAUGGGCAGCUGCUGCACACUGCAGGACCCGGCCGACACUUCCGGAAGAGUGCCGCCGGCUACAACCUCACGGGACUCUUUGUGGGCUCCGAGGGGACAUUAGGCCUCAUCACAGCCGCCACCCUGCGCCUGCACCCUGUCCCUGAGGUCACUGUGGCCGCCACCUGUACGUUCCCCAGCAUCCAGGCUGCGGUGGACAGCACCGUGCACAUCCUUCAGGCUGCAGUGCCUGUGGCCCGCAUCGAGUUCCUGGAUGACGUCAUGAUGGACGCCUGCAACAGGUACAGCAAGCUCAGCUGCUCCGUGGCGCCCACACUCUUCCUGGAGUUCCACGGCUCCGAGCAGACCGUGGCCGAGCAGCUGCAGCGGGCAGAGGAGAUCACCCAGCAGAAUGGGGGCGCCCACUUCUCCUGGGCCAAGGAGGCAGAGGAUCGCAGCCGGCUCUGGACGGCUCGGCACAACGCUUGGUAUGCGGCCCUCGCUCUGCGGCCGGGUGCCAAGGGCUAUUCCACUGAUGUGUGCGUGCCGAUCUCCAGACUUCCAGAGAUCCUGGUGCAGACUAAGGAGGACCUGAAGGCCUCGGGGCUCACAGGAGCCAUUGUUGGACACGUGGGUGAUGGCAAUUUCCACUGCAUACUGCUGGUGGACCCUGAGGACCCCCAGGAACUGCACAGGGUGAAGGCGUUUGCACAAAAGUUAGGCAGGCGGGCGCUGGCCCUUCACGGGACGUGCACUGGGGAACACGGAAUUGGGAUGGGCAAGCGGCAGUUGCUGCAGGAGGAAGUGGGCACCGUGGGCGUGGAGACCAUGCGGCAGCUCAAGGCCACGCUGGACCCCCGAGGUCUCAUGAACCCAGGCAAGGUGCUUUGA